UGCAGUGAUAGAUCACUGACGGCGUUUGGCGAGCGACAUCACUCCGAGAGUGCUUCUCUCAGCAGUGAUGUCGCUCGCCGGACGUUUGGCUCUGGUGACGGGUGGUGGCAGUGGCAUUGGCGAGGCCACAUGCCGCGCCUUGGCGAGCGAAGGUGCUGCACUGGUUGUCGCCGACAAGCAGCUGGAGGCCGCACGGAGAGUGGUCGAAACGUUGUCAGGUGAUGCGAAACACCAGGCGUGGUACGUUGACGUGGCUGACUCCUCUUCCGUGGAUGAGCUCUUCACCAACGUCGCGAACGCAUUUUCUCAGCCGCUCAGCAUCGUCGUCAACUGUGCGGGAAUUUUCGAAGGGGCGCCCAUCCUCGAGUGCAGCGAUGAGCUGUUUGACAAACUGAUCAGGGUCAAUUUGCGGGGCACCUUCCUUGUGACCAGGGCAGCCGGCCGGCAUAUGGUCAAUGACAACAAAGCUCAGCCCGACGGUGGAGCAGCCAUUGUGAACGUAGCCAGUAUCUUGGCCAAGUGCGGCUGGCCGGGUGGAGCAGCUUACUGCGCCUCUAAAGCAGGCGUCGUGGCGCUGACCAAGUCUGCCGCGCAAGAACUUGCGGCGCACGGCAUACGCUGCAACGCCGUGCUUCCCGGCAUGACGGAAACGCCUAUGAUUGCCCCCGUACCCGAGGAGAUAAAGGCCUCAGCUUGCGAGGCGACGCCGCUCAAGAGGUCCGCCCAGCCGCGAGAGAUCGCCGAGGCCAUCAAGUACCUGUGCUUGCCGGCGGCUAGUUCCUUCGUCACUGGUGCUACUCUCGAGGUCGCCGGAGGGUACGCUAUGUGAAGACAAAAGAUUCUAGUGUCCGAACACGUCUGGUGCUCACGAAAAGUGAUGAUAUACUUCGUUUAAGUGAAUCUGCAGCGGCUGAUGGACGCUGGGCACCGCCAUGCCCCGUACUACCUGGAUAAUCGAAGCUAAAGUCAACACCGAAAAAUAAUCGGCUGAUCAAUACGUCACAUCUAUAUACCACAUGUACGCUCUCUCGUACAAUUCUUACGUCCUUGUAGGAUAAUAUUGCUGCAAUUACUGGCGCUGCGAAU